CUGGAGAAAUUGUAAAUUCUUGGUCUCACUCGUGAUCAUGGCUUUAGUUUUAACUUUCGUAAAGGUUUACUUUAAAAGUCUUCAAAGAGUGGGCCAUGAUGAAAUCGUGCGAUAUGAGCCCACUGAACUGAACCUGGAUCAAAUGCGAUAUCUUGCUGGACUUUCCGAUCUAAAUAAUCUUCGCAAAACUGUGCAAAGGAUUGCGGUAAAGAGGGUGGUGAACACCGCAGAACACUCUGCCGUGAGAAACUACAUAGUGGAUUACCUAAAGGAUCUGAAAUGGACAGUACAGCUGGACAUUUUCACGGAGAAGGUGCCAAUUUUUGGCUUCACCACCUUUCACAAUAUAGUGGCCCGGCAAAAUCCGAAUUCCAAAAAAUUCCUAAUGCUCGGCUGCCACUAUGACAGCAAGUAUUUCAAGAACUUUGAUUUUGUGGCCGCCAUGGACUCUGCGGUCCCCUGUGCCAUGAUGCUAAAUAUGGCCAACAAUUUGAAGGACCAGCUUACUCGAUCUGAGAUCAGUUUAAUGUUCGUCUUCUUUGACGGAGAGGAGGCAUUUGGUGAAUGGUCGGAAAAGGAUUCACUAUAUGGUUCGCGGCAUUUCGCGGAACUUUGGCAGAAACGAGGUCUCCUCCGUAGCAUCGAUCUCUUCGUGCUGCUGGAUCUGAUCGGGGCCAAGAAUGUAACCUUCAAGAACAACAUACUGAGUACUUCCAAUUUGUUCCAUCGAUUCGUUCAGCUGGAGCAGCAACUCAGCAAGGCGGGAAUUCUGCGAUCAGAGCGCCCAAUUUUUCAGUUUCAGCCCGGCCAAGAUGUAGAUGAUGAUCAUUUGCCAUUUAUCCAUCGCAAUGUGCCAGUUAUCCAUCUCAUAGCUGCCGAGUAUCCAGAAGUUUGGCAUACGGCCAAGGAUGUGGAGCAGAAUGUGGACUAUCCAACCAUUGAGCAAGUGGAUCUUGUUCUGCGAAUGUUUGUGAUGGAAUACCUCAACUUAGCUCCUUCCUUGUCCAUUUAAAAAUAACUCUUUACCUUUAAGUGUAACAUGAAUUUUGAAUAAAAUAUUAAGAUAUU